AUGGAAAAGUGCUUAGCAUCUCCCGUUCCAAUUCAGAAAGGAGACAAAUUUAGUCUCGCACAAUGUCCUAAAAAUGAUCUGGAACGGAAGCAAAUGGAAGCAAUUCCGUAUGCAUCAGUUGUUGGGAGUAUUAUGUAUGCUCAGACCUGCACUCGACCAGAUAUAAGCUUUGCAACCGGAAUGUUGGGAAGAUAUCAAAGUAAUCCAGGAAUGGAACAUUGGAAAGCUGCAAAGAAAGUUCUGAGAUACUUACAGGGAACAAAAGACCGCAUGCUUACAUAUAAGAGGUCUGAUCACCUAGAGGUGAUUGGAUAUUCAGACUCAGACUUUGCUGGAUGUGUGGAUACAAGAAAAUCCACUCUUGGCUUUGUAUUUCUCUUAGCCGGAGGAGCAAUAUCAUGGAAGAGGCUUGGAAUUAUCGACAAUAUUGCUAGGCCGCUGAAAAUGUAUUGUGAUAACUCCGCAGCAGUAUUCUUUUCUAAGAACGACAAGGUCUCUUACCUGAUACCACUUUUCGCUGUCACCGGAGCUGUUUUGGUUGAUCAGACUCAAUGGGAAAACGGGUUUCACGCGCAGGCUGCGGAGAUCAUCGCAGGAAAAUGGUUGAAAAUAUGGAUUGAUUUUGGCGCGGUUUUAUCUGCAAUUGGGCUUUUCGAGGCCCAAUUGAGCAGCAGCGCGUAUCAGAUCCUGGGCAUGGCGGAGAUCGGGAUAUUAUCGAAGCUUUUCGGUGUUCGGUCUAAGUGGUUCCACACGCCGUGGUUGGGGAUUUUGGUUUCUACCAUAAUAACGAUCGGUGUGUCGUACAUGGACUUCACCAACAUCAUUUCCUCGGCGAAUUUCUUGUACAGUUUGGGAAUGUUGUUGGAGUUCGCCUCGUUUCUUUGGUUGAGAUGGAAAUCUCCUUCCAUUAAGAGGCCUUACCGUGUUCCAUUGAAGCUUCCACUUUUGGUGGUGAUGUGUUUGGUGCCCUCUGGGUUUCUGGUUUUGAUUAUGGUUAUUGCUACGAAAACUGUAUAUUUGGUGAGUGGGGUGAUGAGCGUGGCUGGGAUUGGGUUUUUCUUGUUCAUAAAACUCUGCAAGAGGAAGAAGUGGGUAGGGUUUGAACAAGAGAAAGAUGAUGGCUUUGAAAGGGAUAAUGUGUCUUCGCUGUGUAUAAGUGUAGUAGUCUUAGAUUGAGUCCACUCUCACUCUAGACUAUUUUAAGAAAUUAAAGUUUCCUGUGUAAUUAUUUUUAG